CUGCUCAGCAGGGCGCGCCGGGAGCAGCGGCCGGGAAGGGGCGGUGCGGGAGGCGGGGUGUGGGGCGGCAGUGUGGCCCCUGUUCCUGCCCGCGCGGUGUUCGGCAUUCUGCAAGCCUCCGGAGCGCACGUCGGCAGUCGGCUCCCUCGUUGACCGAAUCACCGACCUCUCUCCCCAGCUGUAUUUCCAAAAUGUCGCUUUCUAACAAGCUGACGCUGGACAAGCUGGACGUUAAAGGGAAGCGGGUCGUUAUGAGAGUCGACUUCAAUGUUCCUAUGAAGAACAACCAGAUAACAAACAACCAGAGGAUUAAGGCUGCUGUCCCAAGCAUCAAAUUCUGCUUGGACAAUGGAGCCAAGUCGGUAGUCCUUAUGAGCCACCUAGGCCGGCCUGAUGGUGUGCCUAUGCCUGACAAGUACUCCUUAGAGCCAGUUGCUGUAGAACUCAAAUCUCUGCUGGGCAAGGAUGUUCUGUUCUUGAAGGACUGUGUAGGCCCAGAAGUGGAGAAAGCCUGUGCCAACCCAGCUGCUGGGUCUGUCAUCCUGCUGGAGAACCUCCGCUUUCAUGUGGAGGAAGAAGGGAAGGGAAAAGAUGCUUCUGGGAACAAGGUUAAAGCCGAGCCAGCCAAAAUAGAAGCUUUCCGAGCUUCACUUUCCAAGCUAGGGGAUGUCUACGUCAAUGAUGCUUUUGGCACUGCUCACAGAGCCCACAGCUCCAUGGUAGGAGUCAAUCUGCCACAGAAGGCUGGUGGGUUUUUGAUGAAGAAGGAGCUGAACUACUUUGCAAAGGCCUUGGAGAGCCCAGAGCGACCCUUCCUGGCCAUCCUGGGCGGAGCUAAAGUUGCAGACAAGAUCCAGCUCAUCAAUAAUAUGCUGGACAAAGUCAAUGAGAUGAUUAUUGGUGGUGGAAUGGCUUUUACCUUCCUUAAGGUGCUCAACAACAUGGAGAUUGGCACUUCUCUGUUUGAUGAAGAGGGAGCCAAGAUUGUCAAAGACCUAAUGUCCAAAGCUGAGAAGAAUGGUGUGAAGAUUACCUUGCCUGUUGACUUUGUCACUGCUGACAAGUUUGAUGAGAAUGCCAAGACUGGCCAAGCCACUGUGGCUUCUGGCAUACCUGCUGGCUGGAUGGGCUUGGACUGUGGUCCUGAAAGCAGCAAGAAGUAUGCUGAGGCUGUCACUCGGGCUAAGCAGAUUGUGUGGAAUGGUCCUGUGGGGGUAUUUGAAUGGGAAGCUUUUGCCCGGGGAACCAAAGCUCUCAUGGAUGAGGUGGUGAAAGCCACUUCUAGGGGCUGCAUCACCAUCAUAGGUGGUGGAGACACUGCCACUUGCUGUGCCAAAUGGAACACGGAGGAUAAAGUCAGCCAUGUGAGCACUGGGGGUGGUGCCAGUUUGGAGCUCCUGGAAGGUAAAGUCCUUCCUGGGGUGGAUGCUCUCAGCAAUAUUUAGUACUUUCCUGCUUUUUAGUUCCUGUGCACAGCCCCUAAGUCAACUUAGCAUUUUCUGCGUCUCCACUUGGCAUUAGCUAAAACCUUCCAUGUCAAGAUUCAGCUAGUGGCCAAGAGAUGCAGUGCCAGGAACCCUUAAACAGUUGCACAGCAUCUCAGCUCAUCUUUACUGCACCCUGGAUUUGCCUACAUUCUUCAAGAUCCCAUUUGAAUUUCUUAGUGACUAAACCAUUGUGCAUUCUAGAGUGCAUAUAUUUAUAUUUUGCCUGUUAAAAAGAAAGUGAGCAGUGUUAGCUUAGUUCUCUUUUGAUGUAGGUUAUUAUGAUUAGCUUUGUCACUGUUUCACUACUCAGCAUGGAAACAAGAUGAAAUUCCAUUUGUAGGUAGUGAGACAAAAUUGAUGAUCCAUUAAGUAAACAAUAAAAGUGUCCAUUGAAACCGUGA